AUGUAGGUAGGCACUGUUGAAGUGUCGAGUAUCGUAACAGCACCGUCGCUAUCCUAGUCUAAAAUCGCACACGCUCCAUUCAGCUUGCAUUACCUCAAGUUCUCUUAACCCUAAUGGAAAUGUAAAUAUCAUACAAAGUCGCUUACAAGGAGGAUGUACGACACGUACCGCGAGUUCGAGACGGCGCACAACGAAAGUGCGGAACGGUGGCCAAUGUUUUAGUUUUAAAAUACAGGUUAAAAACACGUGGUGCGUGCAGCGGAAUGCUUGUUUCGAGUUUUUAAAAAAAUUACAAGUUCUUGCAAAAUGGCAAAGUUAAAGAAAAGUGAUAACGGGGACGGGGCGGACCAAAGCACACAUUCUGAGGUCAAAAUGAAAAAGGAAUUGGCGUUAAUUGACGGCGUUGCGAUUAUUGUUGGGGUGAUUAUCGGCUCGGGGAUUUUUGUCUCCCCCAAGGGGGUGCUCCGGAACUCCGGCUCGGUGGGGCAGGCUCUCAUCGUAUGGAUCCUCUCAGGAAUUUUAUCCAUGAUCGGGGCUCUAUGUUACGCUGAAUUAGGCACAAUGAUACCGAAAUCGGGGGGCGACUACGCCUACAUCAGCGAGGCUUUCGGGCCGUUGCCCGCCUUCCUCUACCUCUGGGUGGCCCUUUUCAUCCUGGUCCCGACCGGAAACGCCAUCACGGCCAUAACCUUCGCCCAGUACAUCCUCCAACCGCUUUGGGGCGCCUGUAACCCUCCGUACGAAGCCGUGCGAUUACUGGCAGCCGCUGCCGUUUGUCUACUAACUCUGAUUAAUUGCUACAACGUCAAGUGGGUGACACGGGUCCAAGACAUCUUCACCGCCACCAAAAUCUUCGCCCUGUGCAUUAUCGUGGCAGCUGGAGCGUACUACUUAUGCAUUGGUCACGUCGAGCAUUUCAGGGACCCCAUGGAAGGGACCAACUGGCAGCCCGGGUACAUUGCCUUGGCCUUUUAUUCCGGCCUGUUCUCCUACUCGGGCUGGAAUUACCUCAACUAUGUUACCGAAGAACUGAAAGAUCCCUACAAGAACCUUCCUCGCGCAAUUUGUAUAUCGAUGCCAGUGGUCACCGUCAUUUACGUUGUGACAAACCUUGCGUACUUUGUUGUCUUGAGCAGGGAUGAUAUUCUGGCGUCAGAUGCAGUUGCUGUUACUUUUGGUGAUAAGUUACUGGGCGCGUUUUCGUUUUUCAUUCCGUUUUUCGUGGCUUGUUCCACGUUUGGUUCGUUAAACGGUGCUAUUUUUGCAUCGUCACGCCUUUUCUUCGUGGGGGCUCGUGCUGGACACUUGCCACGAGCUAUCGCACUCAUUGAUGUGAAAAGACUGACCCCUGUACCAUCUCUAAUUUUUAUGUGCAUCAUUACGCUAGCCCUUGUAAUGAUUGAAGAUGUGUACGUUCUUAUUAACUACGUUUCGUUCGUUGAGGCCCUUUUUAUCACGAUAAGUGUGACGGGGCUGCUGUAUAUGAGGUGGAAGAGGCCCGAUAUGCACCGGCCGAUUAAAAUCAGUUUUAUUCUUCCUGUAAUAUUUUUGUUAAUUUGUGGCUUCCUUGUCAUUUUUCCCUGUUAUGUUAGUCCCCUGGAGGUAGGGGUAGGUUUAGGUUUCAUUUUUUGCGGAAUUCCUGUUUAUUUAGUUACGAUCGCUUGGAAGAAUAAACCAGAUUGGUUGAAUAAAAUUUUCAACGAGUUUAACAACGGCUGCGCCAAACUCUUCCUGUGUGUUACGGAAUACGAAGACAAGGAGUCCUAAAGUUAGACAUAUGAUAUGUAAAAAUGAUCUAAAUAGUAUUAAUUGUUUUCGAAUGCUUUGACACAAGAAAUAUUUAUUUGUAUAUUACUAUUCAUUAAACAUGUUUUGUAAGA